AUGGAAACGUGUCAAACCCCCGCAGAAGGCAGCGCACACACGGUGACAGUGCGGGUGACAAGAGGGAACCGACUGAAAGGCAGCAGAGCAGAGUUCCUUAGUUUUGUGAAGGUGGAGGUGGACGGGGUGGUGUUGGGAGAGUCGGAGAAGAAACCUCGCAACCCGUCUGAAAACUGCCAUCAGUACGACUUCAGCUGCAGCUUCUCCUGCCCCAGAGAGGCCCAGGCCAUCGCGCAGCUGGCCUCCACGCUCAUCAUCGUGACAGUGUUUGAGUUUCUUCCGGAGGAGAAGAAAGCCGCUCGGACUACAGUGCUGGGCCAGGCCGUGCUGGACUGCCUCCCCCUGCUGCAGGGUCAGACUCACUUCUCGUCUCGAGUUCCUCUUUGUUCAGGAGCCGCCAGACAAAACAAAGUCUUGGAUUCUACCAUCGAUAGCAGUCGGGAGGCGGGGGCUUCCACCGUCAGAGCUGGACUCAAGUGGAUGAUCAAGCCCACUCUGGAGGUAGCAGUGUGUGUGUCAGAGGCGAUGGUGUGUGGGGCCUCCCUGGGGGGCUGUAACCUGCUGAAGGUGACUGUGGAGACAGCCUUCUCCGUCCCCGAGGCCUGGACCCUGCCCUCAGCUCCUGCAGCCUCCUACACAGCUGCUCUGGAGCUGCCUCUCACUGCACAGAAAUGUCAGACACUGGUGUUCAGUGACGGGGCGCUCAAAGCUGGAGGAGAGAGAGAGGAGAAGGGCCGACAGAAGAGGAGGCCGCCUCUGCCUCAGCUGCUGCCAGAAAACACAGUGGUGCCAGGAGCCUUUAUCCAGCCAGGCUCCAUGGAGGAUGAGGACGGGGAGCUCACCGGCCCCGCGGUAAACCACUCCCUCUACACCACCAUCAGCUUCCUGGAUCGUUGUUUCCGAAAGAGUGCGGAGAGCCACAAGCCUCGCGUGGGCUGGGACCAGGAGAGGAGCUGCUUCCUGAGCGCAGAGGCCACACACAGGUUACGGGAGACCAUCACCAAAUGCAGCCUGUGGCCCUUGGAGAUCAUGAGGUCCUCGGCUGCGCCUCUGGCUGCAGAGGAGGUCCCAGAGAUCCUGUUUCAUGGCCUGGUGUUUGUGGAUGUGAGCCGCCUGCUGUUCCCUGGAGCCAGGGGCCUCAGAGGAGCCUUCUGUGUCCAGCCUUUCUCUGAACAGCUGCUCUGCAACAAGACUCAGCGCAGAGAGAGCGUCCUGAAGGAGCACCUGAGAGCACUGGCUGCAGCGCGAGGGUCUGCUCCUGCUGCCGCCAAGAAGAGAGGAGGUGUCUCUGCGUCACAGGUGAGAGAGGAGGUGACUCUGUGGGUGAGAGAGGAGGUGUCUCUGCGUCACAGAGAGGAGGUGUCUCUGUGGGUGAGAGAGGAGGUGUCUGCGUCACAGGUGAGAGAGGAGGUGACACUGUGGGUGAGAGAGGAGGUGACUCUGUGGGUGCGAGAGGAGGUGUCUCUGUGGGUGAGAGAGGAGGUAACUCUGUGGGUGAGAGAGGAGGUGACUCUGUGGGUGAGAGAGGAGGUGACUCUGUGGGUGAGAGAGGAGGUGACUCUGUGGGUGAGAGAGGAGGUGUCUGCGUCACAGGUGAGAGAGGAGGUGACUGUGGGUGAGAGAGGAGGUGUCUGCGUCACAGGUGAGAGAGGAGGUGACUCUGUGGGUGAGAGAGGAGGUGUCUCUGCGUCACAGGUGAGAGAGGAGGUGACUCUGUGGGUGAGAGAGGAGGUGUCUCUGUGGGUGAGAGAGGAGGUAACUCUGUGGGUGAGAGAGGAGGUGACUCUGUGGGUGAGAGAGGAGGUGACUGUGGGUGAGAGAGGAGGUGUCUCUGUGGGUGAGAGAGGAGGUGUCUGCGUCACAGGUGAGAGAGGAGGUGACUCUGUGGGUGAGACAGGAGGUGUCUCUGCGUCACAGGUGAGAGAGGAGGUGACUCUGUGGGUGAGAGAGGAGGUGUCUCUGUGGGUGAGAGAGGAGGUAACUCUGUGGGUGAGAGAGGAGGUGACUCUGUGGGUGAGAGAGGAGGUGACUCUGUGGGUGAGAGAGGAGGUGUCUGCGUCACAGGUGAGAGAGGAGGUGACUGUGGGUGAGAGAGGAGGUGUCUGCGUCACAGGUGAGAGAGGAGGUGACUCUGUGGGUGAGAGAGGAGGUGUCUCUGCGUCACAGGUGAGAGAGGAGGUGACUCUGUGGGUGAGAGAGGAGGUGUCUCUGUGGGUGAGAGAGGAGGUAACUCUGUGGGUGAGAGAGGAGGUGACUCUGUGGGUGAGAGAGGAGGUGACUCUGUGGGUGAGAGAGGAGGUGACUCUGUGGGUGAGAGAGGAGGUGUCUGCGUCACAGGUGAGAGAGGAGGUGUCUCUGUGGCACAGGCUGCACACAGCAAAGUGGGUCAAGCUGAAGCUGGAGCUGAGACCCUCCAGUGUGAAGCAGAACAAACUAGAAACAACAUACGUGAUCAUCGAGAUCACACUGGAGAAGCCACUCAUCCCCAAAAUCACCCCCGAAGAGCUGUGCACAAGGUACGAGACUCCACAAGGUAGGAGACUCCAGUACGACACUCCAGUACGAGACUCCACAAGUACGAGACUGCAGUACGGGACUCCAGUACAAGACUCCAGUAGGAGACUCCACAAGGUACGAGACUCCAGUACGGGACUCCAGUACAAGACUCCAGUAGGAGACUCCACAAGGUACGAGACUCCAGUACGAGACUCCAGUAAGAGACUCCACAAGGUACGAGACUCCAGUACAAGACUGCAGUACGAGACUCCACAAGGUACGAGACUCCACAAGGUAGGAGACUGUAGUACGAGACUCCAGUACGAGACUCCACAAGGUACGAGACUCCAGUACGAGACUCCAGUAAGAGACUCCACAAGGGUGAAGGCGCUGAUUCCUGCUCCUUCUUCCACCAAAGAGUUCACCAAAGCAGAGAAGGCCGUCCAACACUUCCACAGACAGGUCAGGGCUGUGGGGAGGCAGGUGUGUGUGCAGGUGGAUGAGUGUGGAGCCCAGAGUGGGCUCCUGGAGGAGGAGCACAUGAAGGUGAUGGAGGAGCUCAACACGUCUGGCAGAAGCUGCGCCUUCAAAGAACAGCUCAAGGACGCUGUGGUGAGAGUGGUCCGUGAUAAAGUGCUAAGGACUGAGGCUGUCACGCAGCCCAGAGAGCUCCAGCACUUUGUCAGUGAGCUGUACACCUUCCUGAGAGACCACACCCACCAGGCCCUCACUGAGGUGAGGUCCCAGCAGGACACAGACCCACGAGGCCCUCACUGA